GAAGAACACUACGGGACGUUAAGAAGACGAUAUGGAGGCGGACGAGAUUGGACGGAACUCCAGAUUAUAAAGGGACGCGUCAAAUGCGAGGAGACCUGCAAGAAGGCAUUUGAGCUUUACAAAAAAACAAUGGAUUCAAAAAUCGAAUCCCAUGAGAGAUGUCUCUUAGAAGAUUCUCUUCUAAAAAGCUGUCACUCAGGGACAAAAAGCGAAGCUAUUUCAGCUUACAACAUGGCAAACCAAUACGCCAGUAACAACGCUUUGUUUGCAGUUGCAGCUGAAGUUAGGAAAAUCCUUGAACUGAACAUUGAAGAGCACUACGGGACCUAUGUUCAGAAGAACGACGAAAUGAAGCGAAAACGGCGCGUCAAAAUCGGUGAGACCAGCGAGAAGGCAUUUGAGAUUUACAAAAGAAGAAUGGAUUCUAAAAUCGAAUCCCAGCGAAGAUCUCUUGAAGAAUCUUUUCUAAAAAGCUAUCACUCAGAGUCAAAAAGCGAAGCUAUUGCAGCUUACGACAAGGAAAAUCAAUACGCCAACACCAACGCUUUGUUUGCAAUCGCAGCUGAAGUUAGGGCAAUCCUUGAAACGAACAUUGAAGAGCACUACGGAACCUAUGUUCAGAAGAACGACGAAAUGAAGCGAAAGGAGCGCGUCAAAAUCGAUGAGACCAGCGAGAAGGCAUUUGAGCUUUACAAAAGAACAAUGGAUUCAAAAAUCGAAUCCCAGCGAAGAUCUCUUGAAGAAUCAUUUCUAAAAAGAUGUCACUCAAACUCAAAAAACAAAGCUAUUGCAGCUUACAACAAGGAAAACCAAUACGCCAGAAACGACCCUUUGUUUGAAACUGCGGCUGACGCCAAGAAAAUCCUUGAAUUG